AUGGCCAGCCCAGACUGGACGGUGCUGAUGACUGCUCGAGACGACGACGACGAUAGCAGCACUCUUACCCCCGCGGACCAGUUCUUGCGUCUGAUUGCGAAUCCCUUUAAAGAAUCGAUCCAAAUCAAUGCCUUUUGGGUUUCUCUCGGCACCUCCAUCGGUUUCUCUGUUCUGCUCGUCCUUCUCUUCUCGCUCUUCCGGCCAUACCACAACGCCAUCUACGCUCCCAAGGUCAAACACGCCGACCAGCAACAUGCGCCUCCGCCCGUGGGCAAGGGCUUCUUCGCCUGGAUCCCGCCGGUGCUGCACAUCCGUGAAGAGACACUCGCCGAUCGGAUUGGGCUAGACGCAGUGGUGUUUCUACGCUGCGCUAAGAUGAUGCGCAAUAUAUUUCUGGCCUUGAGCAUCAUCGGAUGCGGAACGCUGAUUGCCGUCAAUAUCACCCAGAGCAGCGGCGCGGUCGCCCAGGGAUACUCCGGUUUCACGCUCAUGACGCCCUUGUACAUUUCUACCGAGGCCGUCUGGGCCCAGGUUGUCUGCGCAUAUGCCUUUGAUAUUGUCAUUAUGUUCUUCCUGUGGCAGAACUAUAGGGCUGUGCUGUCCCUGCGAAGACGCUAUUUUCAGAGCCCCGAGUAUCAAAUGAGUCUACAUGCGCGGACUUUGAUGAUAACAGACGUUCCGCCGAAUUUGCGCUCCGAAGAAGGGCUGAUGCGACUGACAGACGGCGUGAACCCAACCUCCUCGCUGCCGCGCACCACAAUCGGACGCAACGUGAAAGACCUUCCCUCGCUGAUAAGGAAGCAUGACGAGGCUGUCAGAGAGCUUGAGUCUGUUCUAGCCAAAUAUCUGAAAAAUCCGGACCGGCUUCCUCCGAAUAGACCUACAAUCCGCCCGUCGCGGAAACACAAAGGUCAUGGCGAGUCCGGUAAAGUAGACGCCAUCGACUAUCUUACAGAUCGGAUUCAGGAAUUAGAAACCAGAAUCAAGGACGUUCGCCAGUCAGUCGACAAGCGGAAUCCGAUGCCGUACGGGUUUGCCAGUUGGGAAGCUAUCGAACACGCCCAUGCCGUAGCGUACACGGCGCGCAAAAAGAAGCCUCGGGGCACGAUCAUCAGACUGGCGCCGCGGCCGCACGACAUCAUUUGGGAAAACCUGCAUUUGUCGCCGCAGACGAGAAGAUGGCGCCGCAUGGUCAAUGUGUUCUGGGUGACGCUGCUCACGGUGUUGUGGAUUGCGCCCAACGCCAUGAUUGCCAUUUUCCUGGCGGACUUGAGCAACCUGGGUCUGGUAUGGCCUGCGUUCCAGACUUCUCUUGAGGACCAUCCGGACAUAUGGUCUGCCGUUCAGGGUAUUGCUUCGCCUGCCGUGACCUCUUUGAUCUAUCUGGUGCUGCCAAUCUUUUUCCGACGUCUGAUGCGCCGUGCGGGCGACAUCACCAAGACCUCGCGAGAACGCCACGUUAUCCAUUACCUCUACUUCUUUUUCGUGAUCAAUAACCUGAUUGUCUUUUCGCUGUUCUCUGCCGCAUGGACUUUUGUGGCAGCCGUUAUCAAUGCGCGGAAUAACAACGAGAGUGCAUGGCAGGCGAUCGAGGACGGUCAUCUCUGGUACAAGGCCAUGUCUGCGCUGUGUCAAGUCUCGCCUUUCUGGGUUACUUGGUUGCUGCAGCGCAACCUUGGCGCGACUUUGGAUCUCGUCCAGUUUUUCACGGUCGUAUGGCAGUGGUUUAUGAAGACGUUUAUGGCUCCGACGCCGCGCCAGAGCAUCGAGUGGACAGCUCCUCCCCCCUUCGACUACGCCAGCUACUACAACUACUAUCUCUACUAUGCAACCGUGGCCUUCUGCUUUGCGACCUUGCAGCCUAUUAUCCUCCCCGCCGCAGCGCUCUACUUUGCUCUCGACCUGUGGUUCAGGAGAUAUCUGCUGCUCUACGUGUUUGUCACGAAAAACGAAUCGGGCGGUCGGUUCUGGCCCAUUGUCAUCAACCGCAUGAUUUUCGCGGCGCUGCUGUCUAAUCUGGUCAUAGCACUGGUGGCCAAGUCGAAGGGCACGUGGACCAUGAUUUUCUGCCUGAUUCCCUUGCCGUUUAUCCUGCUGGGUUUCCGGUGGUAUUGCGCCCGGGCAUUCGAUGAUGACAUGAUUUACUACAACCGGGACACGCUGAAUGAUGCCGAAGCCCUCGGCACCGGUAUGGGGGGCAAGGGUCCUAAGCGAGCCGGCGAUCGCUUGAACUCGCGGUUCGGCCAUCCGGCUCUCUACAAGCCGUUGGUGACGCCGAUGGUCCACGCGCGGGCUGCAGAGCUGUUGAAGACGAUCUAUCGUGGCCGGCUGGGCCAGUUCGACGAGACUGGCGACUACUCCGACAUCGCCAUGCAGUCGAUGUCGACCUCUACCCCCGGCAAGCCGAUGGAAGCCGCGCCGUUCGAAGUUGUCGCCGAGAACCAGCUUGAUUUCUCCUACUUCAAGAACCGCGCGGAUUUCCGCGACGAGUUUGGCGGUGGCAUCUAUGGCCGUAACGAGGAUCUCAUAUCAGAACGGUCUCACACGCCGCGGACGUUCAUGGGCGAUUCUCCGGAGUCGUCGCGGGCUUCUUCGCCCGUGUCGCCGAUGAGACGCAAACAGAACGAGGGCCUUGGUCUUCCCAGGCCGGAUGACCGCGACCAUCCUGCCUUCCGUCCUCCCCUGUCCCUGUCGCGUGUCGGCAGCGAUGGCAGCGCUGCUCCCGAGCCGUCUUCGCUGUAUCAACACGAGAACGAGAGCGAAUCUCAUUUGCUCAGCCAUGCGCAGCUUCCUGCUGCUGCUGCUGCUGCUGCUGCUGCUGUUCCUCCUGUCGCUGAGACAGACGGCGCUUUUCAGAGCGUGGAUCGAUGGCGAACGCGGGGCUACGGUCCUCUGGCUCAGGAUGAUACCAAUGCGCCCAGUUCAUACGAGUAUUAUCGCGGAAUACGAUGA